UCCCAUUCACAUCUCUUUUCCCCUGCCUCACUCCAACAAACUAUUCCUCCCAGAAGAAGAAGGAAACCUCUCUCUCUCUCAGAUCUUCGUCUCUCUCAUGGCGUCACCGAAUCAGGAAGCAAUCGACACUUUCAUCAGCAUCACCGGCGCUUCUGAAGCCGUCGCCCUUCAGAAACUCCAGGAGCAUCGUGGUGAUCUUAAUCAAGCUAUGAAUGCAUAUUUCAACGAGGGAGAUAGAAAUACAGUACGUGAAGCACCAGUGAAUAUCCCUGAAGACGAUGAUGCAAUGGAUAUAGACGAUGUGAUUCCUCCGGCUGCACAAUCUCUUCUCAAUGCUGCUAGAACCGGAGCUCCCUUUUCGCUUCUUGAUUCGGACUUUGCUAGAAGUAUCUUUGAUAGGGAUCCCCUCAUGCCACGCCCUCCUUCCUUUGUUAGUCAUCCCAGAGAGGUUAGGCAGAUACCCAUUGAGGUUAAGGAUAGCACUGGUGGUGGCUCAUCUCGUGAUGCUCCUACUAUUGAGGAUGUUACAGAAACGGCACAUGUUCUUGGUCCGGCUACCCAAGGGACGGUUAUUAUAGACGAAGAGAGCGAUGAUGAUGAUGUUCCUUUUGCACCUACUAGCAGAAGUAGGCAUGUUAUACCUCCUGCACCCAAUAAUAUUCAAGAUUACACUGAGGUAGAAGAAGAGAUGUUCCGAGCUGCCAUUGAGGCCUCAAAGAUGGAGGCUGAGGGGUUAAGUAAUCCUCUACCUGAAGAGAGGCCGUCUCGCAUGGGGGAUGAUGAUGACAUAGCAAAAGCAGUUACAAUGUCAUUGAAGUCAGCGGAGGAAGAAGUUUUGCGCAAUCAAGGGUUUAAGGCCUCAACUUCAGAAACAGGAACUUCUGAAACUGCUGCUGCUGCUGCUGCUGCACAAGGACCUGAAAAUACCCAAUCCCUGAACGGAAGAGUGGCUGCACCUAGCUCACCAUUUGAGGAUGACUCUGAUGAUGUCGAUGAGGAGCCUCUUUAUCGUCACAGGCCAAGACGUGUGGCAUCUGGAACUCUAGCCCCACCUAACGAUGACCGUUCCCGGAGUAGGAGUCCUGAAGAAGAUAUUCCAGUGGAUAGUGGCAAUAGGUUUCCUUCUGAGUGGGGAGGCAUUUCGUCUGAGGAACAUGAUGAAGCUGUCAUGCUCGAAGCAGCCAUGUUUGGUGGCAUUCCUGAAACCGGAUAUAAUCAUCUUCCAUUCCUACCUCCUCAACAGAGGGCACCACCACGUCCACCAUCGCCUUCAUUGACAGCUCAGAGGUUGAUACGUGAACAGCAGGAUGAUGAGUAUCUUGCAUCCCUGCAAGCUGACCGAGAUAGAGAGCUGCAAUCCAUUAGAGAUGCUGAGGCACGUCAGUUAGCGGAAGAAGCAGCUAGGAAGGCUUUUCUGGAGGAAGAAAAGAAAAAAGAGGAAGAAGCUCAGAGAAAACUUGAGGAGGAACAGGAGCUAGAGAGGGAACUAAAUGCAAAAGAAGCUUCUCUGCCUAAGGAACCACAAGCAGACGAAGAGAAUGCUAUUACCCUUCUAGUCAGGAUGCCUGAUGGAACUCGACAUGGCCGACGAUUCCUCAGAUCCGACAAACUCCAAUCUCUUUUCGAUUUCAUAGACAUUGCAAGAGUGGUGAAACCCAGGACUUACCGACUGGUGAGGCCUUACCCUCGGCAUGCGUUUGGGGAUGGAGAAAGCGAGUCGACUCUGAAGGAUCUUGGAUUGAGCAGCAAGCAAGAAGCAUUGUUUCUUGAGCUUAUCUGAGCAAAAUGUUUAAUUUCUUAAAUAUAUCAGACUUUCUGCUUAGAACCUCGUUUAAUUUUUAAGUUAUGUGGUUUAUCUUUCUUUCUGUACAAGAACAAAGUAUAUUUGUUGGGAGGGAUUAUAAGUUUUCAAACAAUACGUCGGUUUAGUUGUA